UCCCGAAAUGAAACAGACCCUUAGCGAACUGAUGAGGAUGAGCCGGAUAUGCCGGAUGGUAUUUGCCACUUGUUUGGGAUCCUUUAUUCUGGUCAUCUUUUAUUUCCAAAGUAUGUUCCAACCAGUCAUGCGGAGGAACCCGUUUGUGGUGGACGGCUGCUGUAGGAAAGGGUCCCGCAACGCCCUGCAGGAGCUCUACAACCCCACACAGCCGGAGUUGUCUGGAGCAGCCGUCCUCCACCAGGCCAGGAGGGAUCAGGUAGUGGAUGCCUGUCGCGUCUACAGCGCGUCCAGCCGUAAGCGCAGAGUCCUGACCCCCGGAGACCUCAAACACCUUGUGGUGGACGAGGACCACGAGCUCAUCUACUGCUACGUCCCCAAGGUGGCCUGCACCAACUGGAAGCGCGUCAUGAUGGUGCUCACAGGACGGGGCAAAUACAGUGACCCAAUGGAUAUCCCUUCCAAUGAAGCCCACAUUCCUUCCAACCUGAAGACGCUAAACCAGUACAGUAUUGCUGAGAUCAACCACCGCCUCAAGAACUACCUCAAGUUCCUGUUUGUUCGCGAGCCCUUCGAGAGGCUGGUCUCGGCAUAUCGAAACAAGUUCACCCUCAAGUACAACUCGUCCUUCCACAAGCGCUUCGGCACCCGCAUCAUCCGCCGCUACCGCAAGAACGCCACGCAGGACGCCCUGCUCAACGGUGCUGAUGUCAAAUUCAAAGAGUUCGCGGAGUACCUGGUAGAUCCGGCCACGCAGCGUGACGGCCCACUCAACGAGCACUGGCAGACCGUCUACCAGCUUUGUCACCCAUGUCACAUCCACUACGACCUAGUGGGCAAGUAUGACACGCUGGAGGAAGACGCUAACUAUGUGUUGCGGCUGGUGGGUGUUGGCGACUCCUUGCGCUUCCCGAGCUACGCCAAGUCCACUCGUACCACAGAUGCCAUGACGGCCCAGUUCUUCAGCAAUAUCAGCACUCAGCAGCAGAUCCAACUCUACCAGCUUUACAAGUUGGACUUCCACAUGUUCAACUACACCACACCCAGCUACCUCCGGCUGGACUAAUGGAGGACAGGGCUGGGACUCUAAGAACUGCCUUGUUUACGGAGAGGCAACAAUAUGAGUGGAUUUUUUUGAGGCAAACUUGAUUUCUUUUUCUUUUUUUAAACUGUCGUCGUAACUUGCAGGCGUGGGGGUCUGAAUUAGACAUAUAUAUAGGUGCUGAAAGAAAGAAAGGUAAUGCGUGCUUGUCUGGGCAUAAGGGGGAGAAUGAACAAUCAACUCUGUGAUACAGGGAGCACUGAUUGGAUAAGAAUGUGAGCUAAAUGGACCAAAUGCAUGCAAAGACUAAAAUGUGUGGGUGAAGCAGGUCUUCAAGGUGUUUUGAAAGGGGAACUGAUCCUCAGAAGAUGGACUUGAAGAGGGAUUCUUCUGACGACGUUCCCUACACGUUUAAACAAACUGCUGGCAAAUUAGGCUGCUUCAGAUUCUACAAAGCAAACAGCGGCCUCGCACGCGCCCUGACCCCAACGCAUCGUGGGAGCUAAGCUUAUCCCCCACCUCCCACUGAUCAAUAGAGCAACUCCGUCAAAUUGUAAAACACAAUCCAUGUCCUUCGCUGCACUGUCAGCGCGGUGUGUUAGCACCUAUCAACCUUGCCCUCAUUACUAUAUUUCAGAGGGAGACCGGCUCAUCCCCGCCUGGUCAAGGACGCCCUGUAAUAGAUGGCUAAUGACUUCGCUCUCAAGACCUCUACAACUGUAACUAUGGUGGGAUGGCCUUCGGCUAACAGUUUUAACCUAACAAGUUGUCAGUGGUUUAUAUCCUUACGACGUUGGCAGAAGGGAUCUCUUGUGUUUACCUCGAGGACACGGAGAAAACGGAGACUCCUGCUGCAGCAGUAAAAUGUUGGAAGUGUUUGAUAAAUCAUUGCCUGUAACACCAAGCACCUUUAACACUUUGAGCUACAGGAUGUGGUUAGAAAGGUACAGGAUGUUCUCACGUGAUUGGGCACACCAGCUGUGACAAGUCUGAGCGCAGAAAGUCUGAGCUGAAAGAAAGGAGACCGCCUGUGUGGUUGUGAAAGGGUUAGAGGCACCGGAUCUCAUGAACCCCGCCCUGCCGUGCCCCAACAUCAGUGGACACACCCAGGGCCACACCCACAAAGCCCCCGCUCA